CUACCUCGUCGGAAACCUGCCCGCUUCCUUUCUCCCAGCGCAGUCCCCUUUGCGUGCGGUACCAAGCGGCCUUUCCACCGCGGCCACCGCCAGACAAGCUACAGCGCCCCAGUGGUCAUUGCGCACAGCGGGGUACCCAUACGAUCGUCAUCCGCUCCGUCAACCUGCAUCUCCUCGACGAAAGCGGCACUCCUUCUCCUAAACUGUCUCUGGCUUUCUAUGAAAGCACGCCGCGCCUCUCUACUAGACAAGGAAUCCCAUCUAUGCGGCCAAACAUGGGCGGCGACGCCCACCAACAAGCCCCGCGACCCAGAAAGUCCGGCGAUGUCCCAAGCUCCUCGUCCGCCACGCCGAGUCAUGCCGCAGGCCCGACGACCUUCUUUCUGCGCAGCGAAGACGAAGUGCACCAAACAAUGAGCAAAUCCCCCUCGCGCGACUCGGCCAAGGAGAGCGUCUACGGCGUCCAGAGCCUGGAGGACGCGCUCGACUCGGCGUUUGGAGACAAGGAUCCCGGCGCGCAGGAACUCGCCUUCGAUAAGACCGAUAAGGGUGAUAAGGAUAGAGCCAGCGGCAGUUCGCGCUCCAAGAGGCGCGCCGAAGAGGCCAUGAAGUGGUCCAACGAGGUUGAGCAGCGCCAGCGCGAGCUGGCCGACUUGACGAGCAAGCAGCACGCCUGCAACCUCUCGGAGAGUUUCAUGACGACGACGUCCUCUCAUCCGCUCACCCCGGUGCAAUUUGCCCUUUCCCCCAAUCCCGCCAGUGACCUACCCAGCACGCCCAAGAGCGUGAGUUUGAAGAGUUUCCGGCUUAGCGACGAGGACGAUGAGGCCGCUAGCCAGGCCAUUUUCUCGGGCGGAGAGGAGGACGAAGAAGGGGACGGCCUGAAGGAAGAGGACAGCAGCAUUCCCCAAUUGGUGAUGCCGAGUAUACAGAUGCCCACGAGGCGACCAUUUACGGAAAAGGGCAAAAACAUGGGAAAGUUGAAGGUGCUUAUCGCUGGUGAGACGGGUGUGGGCAAGACUUCUCUCAUUAGGUCCAUAGUGCAACUGUGCGAGGAUAUUGUCCACGUCGACCCGCUCACGUUUAGCCCCCCAAUUAUCCAACCCCCUGAACCCGCAAAGUCGAGGUCCAAGCGGAGGAAGCAACGCAGCAGCACGACGAAGAGCAUCUCAGAAGUGUACGCCAGCACCAAGGCAUACCCAUCAUGGUGGUCGGAUAUGGAAGAAAGCCGUGUUCUGCGCAGGCGUAAGAGCAUUGGCGAUACUGUGCUGGAGAGGAACUUGUGCUUCGUCGAUACGCCGGGCCUCGAAGCGGGAAAGCAACCUCAGGAGCAGACCGAUCCGAUAGUGCAAUAUGUCGAGAGUUUGCUGCAUAGGAAUGCCUCGAUGACGGCUAUGAGCGAUGGGGAUCUCUUGGGUAUCCUCAGCGGAAACGGAGGUGUGCAGGUUGACGUGGUCUUUUUUCUCGUCCGCCUGUCAGAUGAAGCAGAACUCAAUCGAAAUAUUGAGCAUAUCCGCCGACUCUCGAGCCUCACGAAUGUCAUCCCCCUUGUUUGUCAUUCAGAUACCCAUGAUGCCGAAAGGAUUUCGUCGUACAAGAUGGCACUUCUCCGCCACCUCGAUGCCUCUUCUAUCCGUCCGUUCCUUUUUGGAAAGUCUAUUGAAGACGCGCUCAUUGCCGCGCAGCCUGCGGCGAGACAGGACGCAUCACAGCAAACGCUAUCCGGUGACUCGCCGAAGCCGACGUCUCCUGGUCCUUUUGCCAUAACGUCUGCCUCAGCAGCCGAUAGCGAGAUCAUGGACGCCUCGCUCCUGAUGUCUCCAGAUUACAUUCAGCCUCUCGUACCCUCCGAGCUCGCUGUCCUGGUCGAGCAGGUCUUCACUCCCGACACCAUUGCCUGGCUGCGCCACUCCGCAAUCAAGAAGUUCCUCCGCUGGCGCGGCGAGCGGAUCAUGGAGGAAAGCAUGACGAUGCACAGCACGGCGGAAGGCUGCGCCUCCGACUUUGGCGGCAGCACUAGUGGUUUCGAAACGGCCGCCACGCGCGCCCAAAACCCCUUCUCAGCACCAUAUAUAUCGGGCACAACAGGCGCCUCAUCGAUCUUCUCCUCGCCCUCGCCCAGCCAAGUGCUGAUCCCGCGCCCGGGCACCAGCUCAACAUCCUUCUCGCUCCCGCUCUCAGCCUCGCACUUCUCGGCCGUGUCCUCGCCCAGCAGCCCCCAGACAUCGCAGUACUACACGACGAGCACGGCGGCGGCCACCACCGCGCCACUGGCGCCGCACAACUACAACCUCGCGCGCCUGGCGGACCACACGCAGCGCGAGGAGCGGCUGGCGCAGGUGCGCCUCGCCCGCUGGGCCGCGGACCUGCAGCGCAGCCUGGCCAACGAGCGGCGCCGCUUCGAGGAGCUGGAGCGCGGCAAGCGCGCGCGCUGGCUGCUCGAGCAGAUUGGCGCCGAGGCCGGCGAGGGCCGCAUCUCGGAGGCGGCAUCAGCAGCAGCGGCGGGUAUUCCUGCUCACGCCGACGUCGACUGGGCGCUGACGCGGCGGGCGGACGUCGAAGAGUGCGUGAAGCGCGAGGCGCGCUGGACGGGUACCGGUGCCGGGGCGGGCGAGCUACGCCGUGCUAAUGCUAAGGCACGCUUGCUGGAUCCCCGCGACCCGCUCGGCUUGUGCGAGUGGGGCGACGAGGUGCGCCGGAGCGGGUGGGUCGUCGUGCAGGUGCUGGGCGGGGCGGGCGUCGUGGGCGCGGUGCUGGUUGCGGUGUGGAGGGCUUGGGGGCAGGGCGGGGGUGGGGCUGGGCUUGUUACUGCUGGUGGUGGUGGUGGGGGAGGAGGUGCAGGGGGAUGGAGUUGGGGGCUCGGUGCUUGGUUUGGUGAGGGUGCUGGGACGGCGGUUGUGGGUGGGGGGAGUGCGUGAUGGUGAUGAUGUUGAUGUUUUUACUUGCUUGGUUGCUUGGUUGCUUGGUUCUUGUUCUUUUUCUCUUCUGUGGUGUGGGUGUGGGCGUGGAGUGACAGGGCAGGGCAGGGCAGGACAAAGCAUUUCUACCUAUGACACGGCGGUACGGUACGGUACCUACGUCGAUGGAUGAUGGAUGAUGGAUGAUGGAUGAUGGACGAUGAAAUGGUGGAUGAAUGGACGGGUCCUAGGUGGCUCAAAGCAUAGGCGCAGUGGCAGUAGCGGUAGCAGUAAGUAGCAAGGCAGAUGGAUGGAUGGAGAUACCCCCUCCUUCAAACCUUCAGGCCAAUCAAUCGAUCAAUGGGUG